CCAGACUUUUAAUAGUGAGUUGGUCCACCUUACAGUAACAGUCACGCAGACUGACGGCAGUGGCGAGCGCAGCGACCAUGAAGAGGGCUCUGUUCCGCAGAGGCGCGCUGCUGGCGCAACAGGUUGCGUCGGAGAGCUCCCCAUCUGCCGCGACUUCACCAGCUCUAGCGCCGCGAAUCCACCGCGCUAUGUCCUCCGUCUCCAUACCUCCACCCGCAUGUCUGCUCAGACCCCUGGAGGCUCCCUAUCGCUAUAUGUUUGGACCGGGGCCAUCCAAUGUGCCUCCACGCAUUCUGGCAGCGGGAGCGAAACCAAUUAUCGGCCACAUGCACGCAGAAAUGUUCGAGAUUAUGAACGACAUCAAAAAAGGAAUACAGUACGCGUUCCAGACAGAGAACAACAUGACCAUCGCCAUGAGCGGGUCGGGUCACACAGCCAUGGAGUGCGCCGUCUUCAACACCGUGGAGCCCGGAGAGAGCGUCCUCGUCGCCAUCAACGGAAUCUGGGGAGAGCGAGUGGCCGAAAUCGCACAGAGAAUGGGUGCCAAUGUUCACACCAUGGUGAAAGCUCCGGGCGGUUAUUUCACCAACCAGGAAAUUGAACAGGCCCUGGCUAAGCACAAGCCUGUUCUCUUCUUCCUCACACAUGGCGAGUCCUCGGCCGGGAUCGCGCACCCCGUCGACGGCAUCGGGGACCUGUGUCACCAGCACGACUGCUUGUUCCUCGUGGAUUCAGUGGCCUCUUUGGGCGGUGCUCCGCUUUACAUGGAUAAACAAAACAUUGACAUCCUGUACACCGGAUCCCAGAAGGCCUUGAACGCCCCUCCAGGAACAGCCCCCAUCUCCUUCAGCGAAAGAGCCUGCAAGAAGAUGUUCAACAGGAAAACGAAGCCUGUGUCCUACCUCCUGGACAUGACCCACCUGUCCAAUUACUGGGGAUGUGAUGGGAAGCCGGCGAGAAUAUACCAUCACACAGGGCCUGUGUCAGGUUUCUUUGCUCUGAGGGAGAGCCUUGCCAUUCUUGCAGAGACGGGCCUGGAGAACUCAUGGAGACACCACAAGGAGGUGGCAGAGUACCUGUACAAGGGCCUGGAGGACCUGGGACUAAAGCUCUUUGUUCCUGACAAGAGCCUGAGACUGCCGUCUGUCACCACCAUUGCCAUUCCAUCGGGCUACGACUGGCGGGAGAUCGUCGCCUACGUCAUGAAACACCACCAGAUGGAGAUCACUGGAGGCCUGGGGCCGUCCGUGGGCAUGGUGCUGCGAGUGGGGCUCAUGGGAUACAACUGCAACAAGGCCAACGCUGACAUGGCGCUGGCGGCGCUCGGCGACGCGCUGCAGCACUGCCGCAAGAGCGCAGCGUAGCAGAGAAAGGACGCGCUCAACGGGAUCAUGCAGUCUGCACUCGGGGGGACAUUCUUUAAAUUCUUUAAAGGUGUAUAAAUAUCACUGGUUUUGGCAGGCACUGAUAACGUUUAAUAAA